CCCUGCGUAAUCAUUUCAAGUGAGGGUUUUAGGUUCUCUUUCCCGUGUUACAGUCCCUCUCUCACUCAUGGACACUCUUCCAAAAUUGCGUCACUUUACCCUUUCGCCUAACCACCGUGCUUCUUCAUUCCCCACACCCUUAUCCUCUUCAAUUUCGUUCCGUUCCGUUCCGCCACCUUCGUCGUUUAGGUUACCUUCAAUCAGAGCCUCACAAAACGACCACGCGUUUCGCACUCCACCAAACCCUAAACCCUCGUCUCCUCUUAUCCAAACCCUAACCUCAUUAUUCUCCCCCCUCGUCGAAACCUCCUGCAUCGUCGUCGCCGCCACCGCCUUCUUCUUCAUGCGCUUCCACGCGCCCGUCUUCGCCGCCCCGCUCUCGCCGCCGCCGCCGGCCGAGUCCGCGGCGGAGGUCGACCAGGAAGCGGAGAGAGCUCUUGAAGAGCGCCUCACCACCCAUCCCGACGACACCGACGCGCUCCACGCGCUCAUGGAGUGCAAAAUCAGAGCCCGCAAGAUCGAGGAAGCGAUGGCGGUUCUGGACCGUUUGAUUGAAGUUGAACCGGAGGAGUACGAGUGGCCGCUGCUGAAGGCGAACAUGCACAUCUACAACGAUGAACACGCUCAGGCGCGGAACCUGUUCGAGGAAAUCCUCAAGCGAGAUCCGCUCCGCGUGGAGGCCUUCCACGGCCUCGUGAUGGCGACUUCGGAGUCCAACGAGCCUCUCAGAGCGUUGCUGAGAAGAGUGGAGGAGGCGCUUGAGGCGUGCAAGAACCAGAACAGGGAUUCCGACGUGAGGGACUUCAAGCUAUUGAUUGCGCAGAUUAAGGUGAUGGAAGGGAAUUUUUCUGAGGCGCUUAAGGCCUAUCAGGAUUUGGUGAAGGAAGAGCCGAGGGAUUUUAGGCCUUACCUUUGUCAGGGUAUCAUAUACACGCUCCUGAGGAAGAAAGACGAGGCGGAGAAGCAGUUUGACAAGUUUCGCAGGCUUGUUCCCAAGGAUCAUCCUUAUAAGGAGUAUUUUGAGGACAACAUGUUCGCCACCAAGUUCUUCUCGCAGAAGUUGGAGAGGGAGGGAGCUGGUGCUAGGGGCUAGCUAACAGAGGUUAUCACUUAUCACGCUUGUGUCAAUGAGUUUUUGUCCUGUUAAUUUUCCUUUUACUGAUCCCUGGGUUUUGCUUAUAAUGCUCUUGGAUGGUAAUUCAGAUGUUACUAUAGGUGAUUAAUUUAUUAGUUUCAGUUUUUUUGUUUCUUUUCGUAAUGAUGUUUCAAAAUUACUGUUGGUUAGAUAUCUGAUGGAUAUAAAUUAGGGUCAAUGAAGAAAAGUUAUUUUUGUGCUGAAAUAUUAAAUUGGUGCAUUUGUUUUA